UCGCACUAUCCAAACAAGGCCGGCAUUCCUCAGCUAAUGAGUUCAUUUACAGUAAAGGGCAGAGGUGAGACAAGACAAGGCCGGCAAUGAUGAAGGGGGUCGUUAUCCUGUGCGGAGCUGCAGUGACGGUGCUGCUUGCGCUCUAUUUGCGCUUCUCCUGCUUCUCGGAACCUCUCAGCCUCAAUGACAGACAGGGUUCCGCUGUGAGAGCUCAGGCCGCCGGGUUGGAGAGGGAAAUGGUGGAGAGACACGGACACAUGCUCAUGUUCCUCACUUCAUUACUGGGGGGCUCGGGGGCUGAUGGGAUCGCCCCGGGGAGUGGAGGGCGGCUGGUGCCCCUGGAGGUAAUGGGACAGGCAGGGGCUUUGGACUGCGAGGAGCUCACUUAUGUCACUGGCCUCCAGUAUGUGGGCUCCGGAUUCACUAAACUGGUCCAGAGGGGAACUCUGCGCAACGGGAAGGAGAUCGCACUGAAAUCUGUGCACAACCAGGGCAACGAUGUGACUCGCUGCGUCCGGCGCUACGGCGACCCCACUGGCUGCCGCACACUCGCUACCUACAAACUGCACAAAGAGGUCACUCUGCUCCGGACCUUGCGCCACCCGGGCAUCAUUACGUUGCAUGGGCAUUGCUACGAGAACAGCAUGGCUCCCGACUUUAGGGUCACAGCUAUGCUGGAACUGGGAUCUCCCCUAGAGAUGAUUCAGCUUCUGCAGACCCCCUGGGAGAAGAGAUUUAAAAUCUGCCUAGAACUGGUGAAUUUGCUGCAUUAUUUAGCCAACUCUCCCAUGGGAUCUAUUUCCCUCCUGGAUUUUCAACCAAGGCAGUUUGUCCUGGUAGAUGAAAGCCUGAAAGUGACAGAUAUAGAUGAUGCCACAAUGGAGGAGAUUGAAUGCAAAACUGACAAGGACUGUACUCUUGAUUUUCCAUCCAGAACAUUUGCUCUCAAGUGCUCCAGUACUGGGAGAUGCACUGGCGUCAAUGAAAAAAGGAACCUCUUCAAUGCGUACAGGUUUUUCUUCACGUAUCUGCUACCACACGCAGCGCCUCCUGCCUUACAGCCUCUUCUCUUGGACAUUAUGAAUGCCACAGGUGACUUGCGCUAUGGCAUUAAUGAGACCCUGGAAGCGUUUCAGAAUGUUUUGAAGCUGUACAAAUCAGGAAUUACCUAUCGGAGGCGACUGCUGUAUUUGAAAGACUACAUGCUGAUAGAAGGAUACAAACUAAAUGAAACCAGUGAUGACUACAGAUGUUGGCCCUCCUACAAUCACAGAGGGUGUGUGCUGUCUGUGCACAAUUCUGAAGAGGCUGCCGAGUUCUGCAGCAAGAACACAAACUGUCACCACUUUGUCAUUGGUCAUCAAAGAACCUGGACAGGCCGCCUGAUAGCAACAUUCACCAGUAGUGUCCACAAACUUAUCCCUGAUGUGAAUUCCCGUGUUUACAUGAAAAGACCAAGUGACCUCAAAAAGUGAUGCAGAUGGGAAGAUGCUGAAGAGCCAAACUGGUUUAUGUGACGCACUGAAGUAAUCACCCUUAUUGCCAGCUUGUUGCCCUUCCUAAGGAUUUCGUAGGACUGUGCAAGUGUCACAAGCUCGGCAUCUUUAUAACUUGUAGGAUCUACAUUGGGCACUUAGGCUUGAAAGCAAGUUCUCAAGACUCCUGUUAUAUAAACAGAAGUGCUACAAAAUCCUUGAAGUAGAGAAAUAGAGAAAACCACACUAUACUCAGUACUGCACUUCAGUGGGAAAGUCAAACAUGUGGUGACGCUUGCCCAGUACUGCUUCUCAGAAAGGUAUAGCCAUAGGGAAGCAGACUGCAGAUAAAUUGCACUGGUGCAUUAAAUAGCUGUAACAGUUAAUGACCUACACAGACCUCAAAAUAAAGUCAUUAGACUUUUACAUCCAUUCAUAUUCAUAGAGAAAGAAAAGUAUGGUCCAAACAUAUUUCAAAGAUAAUGCUGCAUCUGUUGAUACAUGGGUGCAUUGUGUUGUUUUUUUUUUUUUUUUUUGCCUUAUAGGUGGGAAAUGUUCUUUCAGUGAAAGAGAUUUUUAAUGUUUUUAAUUCUGGUGUAAAAUAUAGCAAUAAAUUAUUUUUGGUAA